GAAUUAAAAAAUAAACAAAUUAUAAUAAAAAAGAAAAAAAUCGCGAUAAUACAUAUAUGGAAAGAAAAAGUGUUUGAGGAAAAGAGAAAACUCGAAAGAAAGAUGUCAUUGUACUUGGCAAAAAUACAAGACGGAAAGGUUACAAAAACAAGUACACCCAUAGUCCGGACCACCACAUCAAUUGGGACCGAGUUCACAGAUAUCAAACUUUCAAACAUGAUGGUCCAUCAAUGCGACCUGAUUUUUAACGAAAUAAGCGAUGAUAAAGGCAAAAUAUUUAACUACGGGCCUCAAGAGUCUGUCCUUGUCAACAGUGUGCCAGUUCCACCGUUCGCCUAUUUUGAAUUUAGUGUGGACAGUGUAAUUCAGAUUGGCAAUUAUCUGUUUUUGAUCACUAAAGACAAACCAACACAAAUAAGCGACGAAACUAGCCACUUGGUCGAACGAGAAAGUUUAUGCUUUGCUGAGAGGUCAUCACUAAUGGCCUCUGCUGUGGAAAAGUCCAACUGA